AUGGGUUUCUGGGGCGGACUCUGGAAGGGGAUCAAGGCGUUGGGCGGCUUCGUUGCCCGUGGCUUUGGAUGGACCUCGAAACAGAUCCAGGCGCCCGCUGUGAAUCUCCCUCGGGAGCCAAAGCCUUUGCAGGUAAACCCCCCACCAGUAGUUGUGAAUCAGCCGCCUGUCAGCGGGAUAGUCGACGAGCUGAAGCAUCUUCGCAACACAUUGGUCCAUGAGUUGCAUCAGAUUCGCGACACGCUGGCCACGCCAGAGCCAAAACUGCCAUUCGAUGUGGUGGAGCCUUCCCAACCCGGCAAGAUCAACGAGAAGGCGUUUGAACAUCUUGUGGGAAUGCCAGACCAGCAGCUUCGUCUCGAGGUGGUAUCGUCGAUGAUGUGGCAUCAUUGGCGCAAGGCAGAGUCCAUCAUGCGCAUGGAGUCUAGGCAGAGGGUGGCGCUCAUGCUCUUUACCGGGCCCAUGGGCACAGGCAAGACGGCACAUGCGAGAGCAUUGGCUGACUUCUUGGGCAUCCCGUGCAUCUUAAUGAACUCGAAGAAUGCCACCUUCGUCGGAUCCGACGGUUUGUCCAUGAUGCACCGGGCACUUGCGUAUGCAUCCAGGUGCAAGUCGGCGGUGAUCUUGCUGGACGAGAUUGACGUCUACGCCAAGGAUGAAGGUGUCAUGGCAGAAAUCAGGAUGGCAGUCGAUGGUGCCACUAAGAUCGAAGACAACGCAAUCCUGUACAUCAUCGGUGCGACUAACAAGGGUAUCGACCAGUUUCCACCAGACUUGCUUCACCGCGUCCUGAUGCAAGUCGAUUUUGGUGGUGGUCCGACCUACAGCCCCAGCCGCCAGGGCUAUGGCUUCAACUCUGCACAGUGCCGCAACUUCUGGGACCGCAAUGCGCAGUGCUUGGCUGAAGACGAGCGGAAGAAGCUGGCCGAGGCAUCGCAGGGCUGCGUUCCACGUGACCUACAGCUUUGGGCCCAGAGGGUGCUUUUGAGUUUCUGCCGCCGGGCCAUGGAGAAAGGCCUGAAUCCUGAUGACAUGGGCAAGCCAUCGCUGAGAGACUUCAUGGAAGCGAAUCCGGACAACAUCACAGGCCGCAAGGCUGCGGCCAUUCUCCCAUGUCUUGACCUGUCCGAGCACCUACGUGAAAAGGUUUUGGAGGUCACAACCUUCCUGCCCGAAUGCCCGGAUGGCGGGCAUGGUCGCAGCCACUACUCCUCCGACACAGGCGAAGUCAAACUCAACGGUGAGCCAGCAAGGAAGUGGUUGAUUGUCGUCACAGCUAUCGACCCAACAGGAGACGAGGUUGUUGUGAGUGCAUACUACGAGUUUCGACCGAAGCGGAUGUCCUGGUUCGCUCGACCUCAAUAUCGCCGUGUAGAACUGGUGAAUCAGCCAACCGUACCAAGCUCAAAACUCUGA